CUGAAGAGUCCGCUAAACAAAGCACCGACUGUCAAUUGCUGGCCAUGGGGUUGCUCAGAUGGCCUCACAAGGACAAGCCGCCGGUUCUGCUCAAGGUGCGGUCCUCGGCUGGUCUCAUCGUCACCACAUGUUCCUUUGCGAUCUUCACUGACAUCUUUCUGUAUGGUGUUAUCGUUCCCAUACUUCCAUUCUCUCUUCAGGAUCGAAUUGGUAUCAGCACAAACCGGGUGCAGUACUGGGUCUCCAUAGCAUUGGCCGUGUUUGGUGCUGCACUCUUGGCUGGCUCCCCUGUCUGGGGUUAUCUGGCCGACCGAAUCCACAACCGCCGGAUGCCUAUGCUUAUAGGACUUGUUGUACUGUGUGGUGCUACUGUUUUUCUAUGCGUAGGUCGCACGCUUGCUCUCUUCAUGAUCGGCCGUGCUCUGCAAGGAAUAUCUGCCGCACUAACAUGGACUGUUGGUCUUGCGCUUGUUGUCGAUACUGUCGACAAGGAGCAUAUCGGUAAGGCCAUGGGUUGGAUUAGCACAGCUUGCAGUCUGGGCAUCUUGGUUGCACCUCUGCUGGGAGGUCUCGUAUAUGGAAAGGGAGGUUACUACUCCGUUUUCGCCAUGUGCUUUGGCCUUCUCGCCGUUGACAUUGCCCUGCGUCUCAUCAUCAUCGAGGUCAAGGACGCCAAAAGGUGGCUUGAUAGGGCGGAACCUAUAGCCGCGGCAGACCCAGAACGUGCCGUGACGGAGGAACCAAAUAUCGAGAAGAACAAAGACAACAUCACUCAGCAAACAGAUGGGCAGGCCAAGGACGUAUCAGACCCAUCACGAUCACCUAUCAAGACACUCGUUAAGCUCCUGGGGCAGCCUCGAUUCCUGGCUGCUCUGUGGGGAACCUUCGUUCAGGCACUUAUCAACACGGCGCUCGAAAGUACUCUUCCUCUUCUCACACACGAGAUAUUUGGCUGGGACUCGAUCGGAGCAGGACUGAUAUUCCUCCCGGUCAUUCUGCCAUCAUUUCUGGGACCUGUGGUUGGCAUGGUUGGCGAUCGAUAUGGGCCUAAGUGGCUCGCUUCAUUCGGCUUCCUCUUCGCCACACCAUUUGUCGUAUGUCUGAGGUUCGUCGACGAGAAUACAAUUCAAGACAAGAUCCUUCUUUGCGGGCUCUUGGCUGGUGUGGGCAUCACAACCGCGUGCAUCUUCGGGCCCCUGAUGGCUGAGAUCACUUGGUCCGUCCAGGGCGAGGACGGGACUGAAGGUGUGGGGCAGAUUGCUCAAGCGUAUGGCCUCUACAACAUGGCAUACUCGGGAGGAUCUCUGGUAGGACCUAUAAUGGGCGGAAUGGUCAAGGACAGCGCUGGUUGGGCAACUGUCGGAUGGAGUCUGGGUAUAGUAGUGUUUGUGUCCGCCAUUCCAACUGUUUUGUAUACGGGCGGGCCACUGAAGGUCAAGAAGCUUCGAGGUUGAGGGAGACAGAACUCAGCUGAAGCCUAAAUAAUCCACAAAC